CGUUUAGUGAGCGUGAUGAUGAUGUUGAUGAUGCCCGGUGGUGGUGGUGUCGAGAGUCAGCAAACCGUGACGCAGCUCGCAGGCACCCCGCGUCACGUGACCGUCAUGGCGUGGAAGUGCGGAGGCAGCAGCCACGCCGAGUUGGUCAAAAACCUGCGAAGCAAUGGCAUCGUUAAAUCCGACCGCGUUUACCAGGCAAUGAUUGCCACGGACAGAGGAAAAUACGCCAAGCACAAUGCCUACAUGGACUCGCCGCAGUCCAUUGGUUAUCAGGCAACUAUAAGUGCACCUCACAUGCACGCCUAUGCCCUGGAGAUAUUACAAGACCAUUUGUUUGAAGGGGCUUCAGUCUUGGAUGUUGGUUCUGGGAGUGGCUAUCUCACUGCCUGCAUUGCAAGAAUGGUGGGGUCUUCAGGAAAGGUCUUUGGGAUUGAUCACAUCCAGGAGCUGGUGGAUGAAGCCAUCAAAAACGUAAACAAGGAUGACAUGUCUCUUCUCUCUUCGGGACAAGUGACACUUGUAGUUGGUGAUGGCAGGCAGGGGCACACAGAAGGUGCUCCCUAUGAUGCCAUCCAUGUGGGAGCUGCUGCACCUACAGUUCCACAGGCGUUGAUAGACCAGCUGAAGCCUGGCGGCCGGCUCAUUUUGCCCGUGGGGCCAGCAGGGGGAAACCAGACGAUGGAACAAUACGACAAGCUUGAGGACGGUACCGUACGACACUGCCCUCUAAUGGGCGUCAUCUACGUGCCGCUCACUGACAAGGACAAGCAGUGGGCCUGCUGGAAGUAAAGCUCACAGGGCCAGAAAGGGAUGCUAGAUGACCUCUGAUCAAGAACCUGAACACCAAACCAUGGCGACUGCGUGAAAUGCUGCACACUCACUUUAAUUGCGCCUUCAUAUAUGUAGUGCCAUGCAUCUUUUACACAAGAUGUAUUUAGUGUUUUGUAUCUUAAAUUCUGUUUUGCAUUAUCAUUCUCACUCUCAGACUUGCAAAAUAAGUUUAUUGUUGGACCUCAGUCAGUUUGUACGACAGAAAAAAGGAAGGCUUGCUGGAAGUUUAUAUAUUUUUUAAUCAACUACAUUUUGUUUUGCGCUUGCCUUGAACAUUUUGUAUCUGCAGUGUAAUAUGUGAGCUGAAAGCACUGGAGCUGUGUGCUAGUUAUUGCAUACAUUUGAAUCUUAAGACAUUUCUGAAACAUCAAUAUCGAUUGCAAAUUAUCAUUCUGGAACUCGGUCAACUUUUACUUUGUGCGGAUUGCAGAAUGGGAUAGUGCACGUAAUUAAAUAUAUAGCAAAAUUGCUGCGUAUGUUUUUGCAGUAUUCUAAAGCACUUAGAGGUUAUAUAUUCUUGGUUCUUUCGGUAAUUAUUUUAUUGUUUCUCUUCUACGUGACUUUACCGAAAGAACCAAGAAUAUGAAUCCCUGCAGUCACGAAAGCUUUAAAUCACUUAGAGGUUGUAUGGCAUGUUAUUCAGCAUAAUAUCUGACUUCACUCCACUUACUGCGAGCUCAAUUUAUCCAGCUAUGAUAUAGCAUUGCUGAUGGAUAAACCAAGCUGCUCUAAGCAUUUCCUGAAGAAGCUCCCAGCAUGUGGAGCAAAACGUUGGACAUGCCAAACAACACGCAGUACAAUCCAAAAACAAAUUCCAGCCUUAUUUAACAAACUUGGCCAUAAUGAUUUAAAAUACAAAAUGCUGUUCAUAGUGUUGUACACUUAAGGGUGAAAACAUAAUGGAAGAAUGGAAAUCUAUAUUUUCGAUUUGUACGUACAUUUAGUCUUAGGAAGGUACAUUUACAGCAACGUGUAACAUUGUUUGAUAAAAUAUUUGAAUGCAGUUAUAUAGAUGCAUUGUGUUUUGUGUUUUUUUAAUGGUCACAAAUUGUCCGAAACCACACUCUAACAUGGUAAUACAUUGCACAUUAAUAUGCAAAACAAUAUCUCCACUUUUAUAAUGCAGCUGAAUUUGAGUUGUGGUAUGCCUUAUAUUUUUUAUUGCUUUUUAAAGCAGAUAGAUUUAUUGCGGUUGUGUUGGAGAUCUAUACUCGACAAUCCGAAUGUCCUAGCACAGUAACAGAUGAACAAAUACAUGCUUUAAAUCUAUUGGUAGCAGUAAAAAAAAUUCAGUUUGGCACAGUUAUAUUUAUUUACUGAAUAUCAGUUUACUACAUGGCUUAAGCUACCACUGGUUUAAUUUUCUUAUGUGUUUUCAUGUUGUUUAUGUUUGCACAUUUAAAAAUGUCCUACACUGCAUUGUAGUACAUAGCUUAAAUGUAGGACAGAGUGUUGAUUUGAAUGGAGGACUGCUUCCCAGUAUCCUUUGAAUAUUACUUCUGGUCUGCUCAAAUGUAUAAAAUAUCAGUGUGCAUAUCACUAAAUAUUUCUGCAAGUGGUGGGUCGCUUAUUGUUGUGUAAUUAUAUGUCAUUGUUUUGUAAAAAAUACUUAUGAAUUUGGGUUUUUAGUAGGGCAGGUAACACCAACAUUUACUGAAAUAUCUAAAGAUAUUGUGAAAUUUAGGCCAUUAUUGGCCUCAAAGUAAAUAACUAUGUACUGAGAAGAAAUGUUUGGAAAAUGUAUUUUGAAGUCAGAAAGUAUUGCUUUGUCUUGUCAACAAAUGUACUUAUUUGGUAUGAUUUCCACCAUGCUCAACACUAAGGAAAAAAGAAAUGUAAUCGGUAACAUGAUAAAACUGUUUGCCUGGUUUGCAAGCUUUGAGCAUCAUCAUAAAAAUAAAAGUCAACCACCUAGCAUCUCUCUUUAAGGAUAACACAACAUGGGCAGGUGAAUGCUCUUGUUUCAUUUAUAAGUGGAAGUAUUUAUGGAAGCACAGUGGUUUGCUGUGCUGGAACGUGUUUCCAAUAAAGCUUCCAGAUUCAAGCAAAGUUGCACUUAACCUUGUUGCUGCUAGACCAUGGGCUGUUGUUCUUUCUGAUCACUUGUCGUGUACUCAUCAGCAUAUGGUAAUAAAAGACUGACCUAAAGUAAAA